GACCCGGUUUUUAUAAACCAGAAUUAAAAUUCUGGUUAAUUAUUUAUUUGGGUUAAACCAGCUUAAAUCAUUAAUCAUCAAUGGUUUAGUAAACCGGGUAUACUUAUAUAUUAAUUAUAAGUAUUACUUUCUUCUUAAAACCUAAAAUAAAAAGAGAAGCAGCGCAGCCAUUCUUCAUCACCAGCAUCUCUGGCCAUCUCCACGUUCUUCUCUCUCUUAGCGGGUUCAACGAUCAUAAUUGACCUUCAUCUUCCUGGAGAGUUGUUCUGCAUAACACAUUUGAGACCAGUAUUGAGGAAAUUCGGGAAUGGAUUAUCAAAUCAUGGAAUUUUGAUGCCAAAUUUUCGUGAGCGAAUCCACAAACAGUCAACUUCAUCAACGUUUUCCCGUUUAUCCAGACUGACAUAGAAAACGAGCGAGAUACCAUUGGAAAGGUCUCGUUCUCAGCUUUCCGAAUCAUCUUUUAGAUCGUCAAACCGAGUUGACCGCAUCUUCCGUUGUUCAUCUCGGUCAGUGGCUAAGGUGAGACCGACAAGUAUGAGAUUGGUCGGACAACUGGUGUUUCUAGGCGUUUUCAUUUGUUUUAUUCUCAGACUUAUAUUUUAUUAUUUCUGGCGAUUAUUUCAGUACUUCAGUUACGGAGAUUUUAUGAUUAUUUAUUAUUAUUAUUUUUAUUAUUUAAUUUGGAGAAUGCGGGUGUGACAAUUUGGUAUCAGAGCACGGUUGUGUCUCGGCCCUGACCCGGGACGCCGGUUAGGGGACCUGAUUUUCAAAGAUAUAAAAUGUUUUCAAUGAUUUUUAAAACUUAGAAGCACCAUUCUGUCCGACAUUGUUCCGUCAAUCGUUAAUGAUUUGGUUAAUGAGAAAGUUGACUGUUUUGCCAUCUUCUAUUUCAGAUGCCCCCAAAGAGAGGAACUAAGCGUACUCGCACCGUGAGAGCCAGAGUUGAUGCUCGCGAGGUUGUAGAUGACCAGGCUCCACCAGUGGAUGUUCAGACAGAAGGUGUGCCGCCAGUAGCCCCACUGAUUGAUCAGGCUGCACUCAUGCAGAUGGUUCAGGCAGCAGCUACGCAAGCUGCUCAGGCUGCCAUUCAGCAGGUUACCCAGGAAGCAGCUCGGGUUGCUGCACAGGAAGCUGCUCGAGUAGCCGCACAGGAAGUUACCCGUCAGUUGGCUGCUGCUCAGAUUCCAGCACCACAGAUUCCUCAGGUCCCAGGGCAGCAGAUUCCAGGCCAGCAGAUUCUGCCACCUCCACUGCCACUACCACAGGUUUAUCCAGUUCAUGAUGAGAGGUUUUACCGGCUCACAAGUAUGAUGAAGAACAUGGGUAUGGAGCAUUUUGUAGGAACAUUGGACCCUACAGCCGCUUAUGAUUGGAAGCUGAGUCUACAACGGAAGUUGGAGAAUAUUGACUGCCCCCCAGAGUUUAAGCUUAGAUUGGCUAUGCAGUACUUGCGUGGAGAUGCAUUGGUAUGGUGGGAGGGAGUGCGAUUAAACCGUGGGCCUGACAUUCUCACUUUUGCAGAUUUUAUUGAGGAGUUUGAUAGGAAGUAUUUUCCAAAGGAAGCUAUGGAUAGAAAGAAGAGGGACUUCGAGCAUGUGAGCCAGGGAGACUUGUCGAUCAAGCAGUAUGAGGUUAAGUUCAACCAGCUUCGCAGGUUUGUUGGAGGUGGUAUUCCUGAAGAGGAGUUGAUCAGGAAAUUUUUGGAUGGGAUGCGUUUGGAGUUUCGCAACAGGUGUAAUGUCGUCACUUACUACAGAUUGGGAGACUUGGUGGAGAAAGCAGCUGAACAGGAAGCAGGUUGGAUAGAGGAGCAGAAACUUCUCAAAUCAGUUCAGACCAAGUCUGGAAAGACUACAGAGUCUCAGAAGAAGACAUGGGACCAGCAAGAGACACUGAGUUGUGCUCGUUGUCAUCAUCAUCAUAAUGGAGAGUGCAUAAGGUGUCAUUCAUGUGGACGGACAGGUCACAUGUCGAGAAAUUGCCGGUUUAAACCAAUAAACUCAGAUUUUGAGAGGCAGGUUGUUGCACAAGACAAGUCAUCUAAGGAUUGCUAUGGUUGUGGUCAGCCAGGUCAUAUGUUGAGGGAUUGCCCGACGAGGGAACAUGCAGAAGAUUUAUCGCCGCCUAAGCGCUAAACCAUCGAUCAACGAUUUUAUGCUACACGACAUUAAGAGGGAGUGAGCCGUGAGCCAGUAUGCAUCUUUGUUAUUUGCAAUUUUUGUGGUUUAGUACGUUGACGUUCCUUGUGAAAGCUUGCUUGUUAAUUGGUAAACUCAUAUAUGGUCGUUUUUAGUUCA